UACCACGAAAAAUGUUACGACUAACGAUUACUUUGUACAUUUUGAAAUUGAGUAUAGCGUGGGAUAAUGGUCUACGUGAUAAAUACGACAGUUAUGGAGAAGAUUGGAUUUUUAUGCCUGACGGUAACGGCCAUCCUCAAGUUGCAGUAUUGAAGGGUCAUGAAGAACCACCAAAAGAUUUUAUAUCCAUUUUUGCAAAGCCAAUAACUUUUCUACUAUACACUCGAUAUAAUCCAGAUCAGCCAAUAUUACUUGAUUUGAACGAUACAGAAACUCUGAAAAAGUCACCUUUCUCUUCAAAAGUACCGACAAAAUUCAUAACUCAUGGUUGGAAGUCGAGUGCCUUCAGUGCAAGCGUGGUGAAUAUUAAACAAGAAUAUUUAAAACAUGGCAACUACAAUGUUUUUAUCGUCAAUUGGGAGCCUAUGGCAGCGAGUACAUUUUAUUUGGGCCCUAUGCAUAAUACGGCCAAAGUAGGCGCUUUUACAGCCGAGUUCAUUGAUUUUCUACAUCGCGAAACUGCUUUAACUGCCGAUAGCAUCCACUUUAUCGGUCAUUCAUUAGGAGCUCAUGUUGGAGGCAAUACUGGUGAAAAUGUAAAACAUGGUAAAUUAGGACGCUUAACUGGACUAGAUCCCGCUCUACCAGGCUUUCAUUUAUUCCAAACAGACAAAGGUAGAUUAUCACCUGAUGACGCUAAAUUCGUUGACAUUAUUCAUUCAUGUGGAGGAGUUCUUGGAUACAUGCAACCACUUGGAAAUAUUGAUUUUUAUCCAAAUGCUGGUGUUGCUGUUCAACCUGGAUGCUGUUGCAUACCAGAAAUCAUUGAAGCUUGUAGUCAUGGAAGGUCAUAUCAAUAUUUCGCAGAAAGUAUUAACUCAAAAUAUGGCUUGAGAGCUCUUAAAUGUAAAAAUUGGGAUGAAUAUCAGCAGGGACAUUGUGAUAAUGCAUCCACAACUUUAUUGGGAGAACAUGUUGAUAAAUCAGCAAAAGGAUCUUAUUUUUUACGAACAAGAUCUGAGCCUCCGUAUGCCUUUAUUGAUGAAAAUGAUAAUAAUAAUCUAAGAUAAGCCUUCAAAGAGAAAAAAAUUUUCUCUAUUUU